AUGUUCAAAACUUCGAAUCUUCAAAAAUUACAAAGAUAUAAGUCGCUCAUUAAAUAUUCGAGAACUACAAGGCCUGCUGUCUCCUAUGUGCCAUUAUGCUCACUAAACCCGAGCAUACCGCUUCAUAUCGGUAAGAUAAGGUCUGCUAGUACUGCAGCUACAAGUUGUAAUUAUCAAACUUUAAAAGAAGAAUAUCCCAUUUACAACAACUAUCAAGACGAUAAACACUGGUUUUCUUAUCAGAGGCAACAGAAUGAUUCUGAUCUACAAAAUAAAUUAAAACAUUUAGAAAAACUAUGGCUAAACAAUUUAAUUAAUACAAGUAAGAAUACAGCUAAACUUGGUAUUAAUGAUCGUAAUAUUUUGACUGAACAAAAAUAUGAUAAUUCAAAAGAUAACCAGAAUAAAGAGAAUAUAGAGAAGAAUUCUGAUGAGGAUAAGAAUAAUGAGAUUGAAAAAAAUAUCAACGAUAAUGUCCCAGAAAAGAACAAAACAAAUAACAAUAACGAAUCUACCUCAGAGGGUAAUUCGAAAUCGAGUAGCAAUUCAGGCAAUCAUAACAAUGGUUCUUCGAGUGAUAACGGUUCACCAUAUGAUAAUAAUUCUAACAGUCCAGUCUUUAAUAAUAACCCAAAGCUGUAUCCACAAAUGCUUGCUCUACCAAUUUCAAGGAGGCCCCUUUUCCCAGGUUUCUAUAAAGCAGUUGUAAUUACGGAUGAAAGAGUAAUGAAUGUCAUUAAAGAAAUGCUGAAACGUCAACAGCCUUAUAUCGGAGCUUUCAUGCUAAAAGACUCAGAAUUGGAUGUUGAUGUUAUUAAAAAUAUUGAAGAUGUUUAUGAAACCGGGGUAUUUGCACAAGUUACGAGUGCAUUCCCAAGUAAAGAUGAAAAAACUGGUAAAGAAACAUUAACUGCUCUACUAUAUCCACAUAGAAGAAUUAAAAUCAGUGAAUUAAUACCUCCAAAAGAAGAACCCGAAAAGUCUACAGAGGUGGUGAGUACAACUUCUAAUGACCCAUUGGCUGAUCUUUUGCCAAUUGAAAUGCAACCACUCAAUAAUUCCUUGCAUAAUAUUUCCACAGCUGCAAACUUAAAUAAAGAUACAAAUAAGACCAAUAUGAAUAAUGACCUAGAGGUAGCUACGAAACAAGAUUUUCUUCAUUUUGUUGAACAGCAAGAACUGGUUGAUGAAGACAAUGAAAAUGUCUCUCAACAAAAAGAUGGAGCAAGCACUUCAUCUCAAGAAGGCCCUACAGACUUUUUAAAUAACUAUAACGUAUCAAUUGUCAAUGUGGUUAAUUUAGAGGAUGAGCCAUUCGAUAGGAAAUCUCCUGUGAUUAAUGCACUAACAUCUGAAAUAUUAAAAGUAUUUAAAGAAAUCUCUCAACUUAACACAAUGUUUCGUGAACAAAUUGCAACAUUCUCUGCUUCAAUUCAAUCUGCGACAACAAAUAUUUUUGAAGAACCUGCUAGGUUAGCAGAUUUUGCUGCUGCUGUAUCUGCUGGUGAAGAAAUUGAGUUACAGGAAGUUUUAGAAUCCCUUAAUAUCGAGCAACGUCUUGAAAGAUCACUUUUGGUAUUAAAAAGGGAAUUAAUGAACGCAGAAUUACAAAACAAAAUUUCGAAAGAUGUUGAAACUAAAAUUCAAAAAAGACAAAGAGAAUACUAUUUAAUGGAACAGUUAAAAGGAAUCAAGAGGGAAUUAGGUAUUGAUGAUGGUCGUGAUAAACUAAUCGAUUCAUUCAAAAAAAGAGUUGAGAAACUCGUUUUACCAGAGCAAGUUCAAAAGAUUUUUGAUGAAGAGUUAACAAAACUCUCAACCUUAGAAACAUCUAUGUCUGAAUUUGGUGUAAUAAGAAACUAUUUAGAUUGGAUUACUUCACUACCAUGGGGUAUCAACUCUGUUGAACAAUAUUCCAUUUCCAAAGCUAGAAAAAUCUUAGACGAAGACCAUUAUGGUCUAAAAGAUGUUAAAGAUCGUAUCCUUGAAUUCAUUGCCGUGGGGAAGUUACUUGGAAAAGUGGAUGGUAAAAUUCUUUGUUUUGUUGGCCCACCGGGUGUUGGUAAAACUUCUAUCGGUAAAUCCAUCGCUCGCUCCUUAAGUAGAGAGUUCUAUAGAUUUUCAGUAGGUGGUCUUACUGAUGUUGCUGAAAUCAAAGGACAUAGAAGAACAUAUAUCGGUGCUUUGCCUGGUAGAAUAAUUCAAGCUAUGAAAAAAUGCCAGACACAGAAUCCAUUAAUUUUAAUUGAUGAAAUUGACAAGAUAGGACAUGCUGGAAUUCAUGGUGAUCCAUCUGCUGCACUAUUAGAAGUAUUAGAUCCUGAACAAAACAAUAGUUUCUUAGAUAAUUAUUUAGAUAUUCCAAUGGAUUUAUCUAAGGUAUUAUUUGUUUGCACAGCAAAUACAUUGGAUACAAUUCCAAGGCCAUUACUUGAUCGUAUGGAAGUUAUUGAGUUGACUGGGUAUGUUGCAGAAGAAAAAGUUAAAAUUGUACAGCAAUAUUUAUCACCAAAUUCUAAAAAGUCAGCUGGUUUAGAAAAAUCCAAUGUAAAUAUAACAGAGGAUGCAAUUAUUUCACUUUUGAAACAUUAUUGUAGGGAAAGUGGUGUAAGAAAUUUGAAGAAACAUAUUGACAAGAUUUAUCGUAAAGCCUCUUUAAAUGUUGUUAAACAAUUGAGCAUUGAGGACGAGGAUAGUUUAAAAUCUGAAGAGAAUAAAGACAAAGAAGUAUCAACUAAACUGGAAGAAAAAGAACUUAAUGAAAACAAAACCGGAGAAUUAAAGAGGGAAAAAUCAAAAGCAAAAGAAGUUCAACCCAUGAAAAUUCCUGAUACUAUUAAAUUAGAAAUCAAUUCUGAAAAUUUAAAAGAUUAUGUUGGCCCUGUGGUUUAUACCACAGAUAGAUUGUAUGAAACUACGCCACCUGGUGUUGUUAUGGGUUUAGCGUGGACAAAUAUGGGAGGUUGCUCGCUAUAUGUUGAAUCUGUUUUGGAACAGCCAUUAAAGACUUCCCAUAGUCCACAUUUGCAAAGAACAGGUAAUUUGGGUGAUGUAAUGAAAGAGUCAUCUACUUUAGCAUAUUCUUUUGCUAAGAUGUAUGUGGCUAAAAAGUUCCCAGAGAAUAGAUUCUUUGAGAAGGCUGCAAUUCAUUUACAUUGCCCAGAAGGUGCUAUCCCAAAAGAUGGGCCAUCAGCAGGUGUUACUAUGGCAUCCUCUUUCCUAUCUCUAGCUUUAGAUUAUUCAAUCAGUCCAACAGUCGCGAUGACGGGUGAACUGACGCUAACAGGUAAAGUAUUGCGUAUUGGCGGUUUGAGAGAGAAAACAGUAGCAGCAAAAAGAUCUGGUGCAAAAACUAUUAUUUUCCCAAAGGAUAAUUUGAGUGACUGGAGUGAACUUCCUGAUAAUGUAAGAGAAGGGUUAGAACCUGUACCCGCUGACUGGUAUGAUGACAUUUUUGACAAGAUUUUUGAAAAUAUUUCUAUAGAACAAGGCAAUACAACAUGGAAGAAAGACUUCGAAGAAAUUGAAAAGGAAAAGUUGAUAGAGAAUUCUAAGGAGAAAAGCAACUAA